AUGUUGGUGUACUCCAACAGUGUAGCAUACGGGAGUGCCAUCCUUAGCCUGUUUGUGAUAGAUUAUAUGCUGGGACAUGGGUUCGUCGAUGCAGUUCGGAGAACUCUUUGCAGAAUGAUAUGUUUCGUUAAAAGGAUCAUAAAAGAGGAAUCGAAGACUGUGCAAACGGCACCAGAUGUGCCAAUCAAUUUGCCUGUGCUCCUAGUUGAAAUUCUAUUGCUUUCUUUAAUAAUAGCUUUCUUAAAUAAAUACAAGCAGUCACGUAACAAGGAUCCAAUUGACGACCUUCUCAAGAAGAGCAGAGACGCUUUGAGACAGACCAACGAGUUUCUAGACAAAUGGCGACUAAAACGGGUCCCAUUAGACUACUCAUACAUGGAAGACGAUCCAGUAGAUCUUAAACCAUUGAAACUGGAGGUACCAGUGCUCCAUAUGGCUGUUUUAGAUAAUAUCAGCGUAGGAAGAAGUCAGCCAGAACGGAGAGAUGCUGGUGACAGUGUUGAAAUGUCAGAUACAGCAUUGCUGUCGGUGACGUCACUUGUCAGUGAUGACUUUGAUUUUAGAUCAGUAAGUGAGCCAAUAUUAGAGGAUAAGUCAUCCGAAGAGACGAAGAACAUAGAAUUCAGAAAUAGAUACCUUUGGGAUGUGAUGGAAGAAGACGCUAACAGUUUGGAUGAGUAA